UAGAGUGUAGCUAGAAGUCUUGGCUCCGAUACAGACAGUGAUGGAAAACAUAUGAGCAGUAACAAGUUUUAAUCUCACUGCUCAGUCCUAACAUGGACUAAUCUGUGGCAGCAGUGUGCCGCAGCAUCACCCAGGGUGCAGCACGCCAGGCUGUGCUGGAGGGUGCUUCUUCCUUUACAUGCAACACCUUUUCCUCCCUGCAGCUUAAGCACUACCUGUGAGUAUUUAUAGUAAGACGAGUAGUACCUGGUGGGUAAGUUCUACUUCCAAGAGGAAUACUCUGUUUCGACAAGGCUGGGACACCAUGAAGGAAUGCGUUCUGCUGCUGCUCCUUGCUGCCUUGUGCUCCGCCAAGCCCUUCCGCAGCCCCUCUCACCUGGCCCUGAAAAACAUGAUGCUGAAGGACAUGGAAGACAGCGAUGACGACGACGACGACAACGAUGACAACUCUGUUUUUCCCACAAAAGAGACAGUCAAUCCAUUUUUCCCAUUCGAUCUGUUUCCAAUGUGCCCAUUUGGAUGCCAGUGCUAUUCCCGCGUUGUGCACUGUUCUGAUCUAGGUUUGACUUCAGUCCCCAGCAAUAUUCCAUUUGAUACUCGACUAAUUGACCUCCAAAAUAAUAAAAUUAAGGAAAUCAAAGAAAAUGACUUCAAAGGACUCACUUCGCUCUAUGCUUUGAUUCUGAACAACAACAAGCUAACAAAGAUUCAUCCCAAAACCUUUCUAACCACAAAAAAGUUGCGAAGGCUCUAUUUAUCCCACAAUCAACUAAAUGAAAUACCACUUAAUCUUCCCAAAUCAUUAGCAGAACUCAGAAUUCAUGAUAAUAAAGUUAAGAAAAUACAAAAGGACACAUUUAAAGGAAUGAAUGCUUUACAUGUUUUGGAAAUGAGUGCAAACCCUCUUGAUAACAACGGCAUAGAGCCAGGGGCAUUUGAAGGGGUGACAGUGUUCCACAUCAGAAUUGCAGAAGCAAAACUAACCUCGAUCCCUAAAGAUCUGCCAUCAACUUUAUUGGAGCUCCAUUUAGACUACAAUAAAAUUUCAACUGUGGAACUUGAAGAUUUUAAACGCUACAAAGAACUGCAAAGGUUGGGCCUAGGAAACAACAGAAUCUCCGACAUCGAAAAUGGAAGCUUUGCUAAUAUACCACGUGUCAGAGAAAUACACUUGGAAAAAAAUAAACUAAAGAAAGUUCCUUCAGGAUUACAAGAGUUGAAAUAUCUCCAGGUAAUCUUCCUUAAUUCUAAUUCAAUUACUAAAGUGGGAGUGAAUGACUUCUGUCCAACAGCGCCAAAGAUGAAGAAAUCUUUGUACAGUGCAAUCAGCUUAUCCAACAAUCCAGUAAAUACCAGGGAAAUACAACCUGCAACAUUUCGUUGUGUCUUGAACAGAAUGAGCGUUCAGCUUGGAAACUUCAGAAAGUAAUAAUUACUCAUGUCCAUUCAGCAUAAAA